CUUUCCAAAAUAAAAUGUGAAAGAACCCACUUUUUAGAGGGAGGGAAAUUGAACCUACCCUCUUUAGAGAGAGAAAGAAGGAGAUUGAACCCUCCUUCACUUUAGAGAGAGAGGGUGACAACCCACCUUUCACUUUCUCAUUGAGCAUAGGCAGCAUUAAGGAACUGCCAUCCUGGAUUCCUGGUUAGCGUUUUCUAGAAGUUAGGGUUUAUCACCCUUCAUUGUCCAUUUCUGUUCUCUUUCUAAACGGAUUAGGACCAUAACAUGAACCAGAAGCUUAUUCCAUUAGCUAUCUCGUUGGGUCUCUCUUCUUCUUCUCUCUCUACACGGAGAGGGAAAUCGCACCUCUUCUUUUGUGAAAGAGAGGCCAUGAUCUUCCUCAACCAAUAAGUUUUCUGUAACUUUUUCAUAUUGGGUUUCAAAAAUGGAGUCUUUUGGUGAAAGAAAUAAUGGGUUUUCGUUGAAAUUCUAUAGCGAAGGUAGAGAGAGAAUAGAUGAGGAAGAUGAAUACCGAAGCUGUGUUGCCGAGGAAGAAGAGUGGAGGGAUGCAGAGGACUUCAAAGAAGAUGAGGCUUCUGAUCAUUUCUCUAAGCUAUUUUUCAAAGGCGUAUCAGAUUUGAAAGAGGUUGGAUCAAGCCUUUCGGGAAUUGGGGUGAUCUUGAAGAAUUCAAUCGAUGAUUCAGAAAUGAAAAUUCAGAAAAAGCUCGAUUUUUUUGUGGAGGAGAGCGUUGCAGAGCUUCUUGCUUUGAUGGAUGGGCUCUCCGCUUCACUUAAGAUUGGGAUAAGAAGGAUUCAAGCGUUUACUGAUUCAGCGGUCUUGUAUGAUCAGAUUUCCCAAUCCAAGGAACUUGAGGACCAGCUCUUGAUGGCCCUGAGACAAAGGGUAAUGGAGCAUGCAAGCAAACUCGAAGCUUUCGACCUAAAACUUAUCCCCACUAAUGAAUUCAAGCAACCAUCUCGGCUCGCUCGAGAAGCCAUUGGUCUAAGGCAAUGGCCCGAAUCCGAGGACUGUUCAAUAUGUUGCGAGGAGAAGCAAGCCGAUGAUAUGGUAAUUAUGAAUUGUUCACAUAAAUUUUGUUCAGAUUGUAUGAUAAAAUACAUCAAUGGAAAAUUACAGUCCCCCAAAGUUCCCAUAAGGUGCCCCCAUGUAGCUUGCAAGCAUAUGCUUUCAACUAAGGAGUGCAAGUCUUUCCUCCCAAUUUCAAGUUAUGGGUCAUUUCUCAAAGCCCUUGAAGAGACCGGUGCUUAUGAGUCAGAAAGAGUUUAUUGUCCUUUCCCCAAUUGUUCAGUGCUUCUUGAUCGACGUCAGAGCUUAUCAAAUAGAGCAAGCUCAUCGAGCCAGUCAGAGGAUAUGGGCUCUUGUGUCGAGUGCCCAGUGUGCCAAAGGUUCUUCUGUUAUGAUUGUGAGGUGCCUUGGCAUUCUUUGAUGAGUUGUGAGGAGUACCAAAAUAUGCCUCUCGAUGAGAGAGAUGUUGGAGACUUCACUUUGAAUAGGCUCGCCCAGCACCAGAAAUGGAGGCGUUGCAGUCAGUGUAGGCGGAUGAUUGAGCUUACACAAGGCUGCUACCACAUGACUUGCUGGUGUGGGCAUGAGUUUUGCUAUGCAUGCGGUGCUGAGUACAGACACCGGCAGCAAACUUGUCAGUGCGCAUUCUGGGAUGAGGACAAUAUUAUCGUUCCCAACCAAGAGGAGACCAUGGACCCAUGGUCUCUCGAUGCCUAUUUCGACCACGAGAGAUCUCAAUGCUCUCUUCUCCAACGCUUCCUUACUGAGGGAUUCUCUCUCGAUGUUCACUGCCAACCCCCAUCCCCACCGUCCGACUCUUUCUUAGACACAAUCAAGGACCUUCACCAGUUACCAUGGCUCGAAAGGUUCGUGUCAGUUAUUAGCGACUCGUAUGAUGAUUAUGCAUCUUAAUUAAUAUCUCACAUUUUGAUACUUUCCAUUAUAGUGACGAUUAUGCAUCUUAAGGAACAACCACCUUUCAAUCUUCCCCAUCCAUAAGCUCUCCAUUUGUUGGAGGGCAGCUAUCACACCCUCCAUAGGGUUCGAAUUUGUCUUAAAUUCAGUGCCAUGGGGAUAUGGUUAUCAUGGAUAAUUUAAGUAGGUGAAGAAAAAUAACAUGUUUUUCUGAGGUUUGUAAUUGUCUAAAUAUGGGCUGUGCCUGGCCGUAGAACCCUUUUUGACGGUACCAUGUAUGACAAAUUCUCUCUCCCAUCUCUUUUGCUAAUUGAGAUUAUUACUGUAAAUGAAUGGGAUUUCAAACUUGCUUGUUCA